UUCGGUUUUCUUUUUUUGUUUUUGUUUUUUGUUUAGUAAAAUAUAUGAAAAAGCAACAUGUUGAACUUUAAAAUUAAAAAGAUGUGGCUAUGUACACCUGGAUUUGAGAUGUGAGUAUUUCAAUAUGAGCUGCGCCAAAACCAAAAACGUGAAGAAGAGUCUGAAUGAAAAGGCCGGUGUAUGCCGGGAGAACGGAUACCUUCUCUCCUCUGUGAAAAUCGGCACGGGAGCAUUCUCGAAAGUUUACCUUGGGUAUGCAACACCGGAUAAGAUCUGCCAGAACUAUAAGCUGGCCACGGACCUCAGGACUAAGAACCAUAACAUGGUUGCAAUCAAGAUUAUACCAGUUUCAGAAGCUCCUCCAGCAUUUUCUAGAAAGUUCCUGAACAGAGAAAUCUGUGCUUUAAAUGCCACUUACAAACACCCGUGCGUGAUUCAGCUGUAUGAGACGUUUCGUUCUUCCGGGCACUUUUACCUGGUGCUGGAGCUGGCAUCGCACGGAGACUUACUGGAGUACGUGAACGCAGUGUCGAGCUGCAGGGGCAAUCCGGGGCUUGAUGAAGACGAUGCCCGCAUCAUAUUCAAGCAGAUCAUCAGUGCCGUGGCACACUGCCACAACAACCACAUUGUACACAGGGACUUGAAGUGUGAAAAUAUUUUAUUAGAUGGCCAAGGAUUUGUAAAACUGACAGAUUUCGGCUUUGCUAACAAGAACACCGACAAGAGUGCUCUAAUGAGCACAUUCUGCGGCUCAGUGGCCUACACUGCGCCUGAAAUACUACUUGCUAGGAAGUACAACGGAGAGCAGGCAGAGCUCUGGAGUCUAGGAGUGAUUCUCUUCGCCAUGGUGACGGGGAAGCUGCCUUUCCACGAGAGUCACCCACACAAGCUGCUGCAGCGGAUCAGACAUGAUGGUAUUCACUUCCAUCACCCAGUCUCUCCAGGCUGUGAAGAUCUGAUCAGGAAGCUGUUGCAGUGGAGGCCCUCCGCUAGACUCAAUUUGGGACAAAUGGCCGCACACCCCUGGAUAAGUUCAGCCGCGCCGUUUGUUUACAAUGUGCUGCAUGGAUACACCAGCCAGGGCAAGACCUACUGCCAAGGGAAGAAAGCCAAAGAAAGCAGAGGAGAUACUGGAACCACGCCUGUCUCGACGCUGCCCCACAGAAGGAAGGCGUGUGAUAUUCCUAACUGCUUCCCAGAGUUCGUUAGUCACAGACACACAGCCUGCAGUGUGACUGGGAAGAAUGUCGGGCAGCAUGAGCGAGAUGCAGAGAGGAACGCCGAAGUAAACUCGCAAAGGCUGGGGGUCAAACCCCAAAGCCGUCUGCAUCUGCGGUCAGCCCACCAGUCCGAUAACCCCAACAGGCUCUUCAUGAGCAGACCGAGGCCCCCCUCAGACCCCCAGCCCUUCCACAAGCCCACCAAACACACAGGCUCCUCUGGAAAUCUCAGAUAGUCCAGGAAAAUUCUCUCACGCUUUCACACUCAAUCUGACCAACCCAAAUAAAAAUAAAAAGACAUUUCUAGGU